UGUGGUGCCCUGGGAGCCGGCACGGAGCUGCGCCAGGGCUCUGAGGCCACCACGGUGCCCUGGGACCAUGCGCCGAGCUGUGGUGACAGGGGGUGCCGUGGGCAGGUCCGUGGACGUUGCGCCGCAUCACCCGUCUCUCCCCGGGGCUCGGGCGCAGGUGUCGGCGCUGGCGAGCGCGGGCGGCGCGGAGAACCUGAUCGUGCUGGAGCGUGCCAAGCACCGUCCCCACGAGGUGGGCUCUGUGCGCUGGGCCGGCAGCACCUUCGGGCCCAUGCAGAAGAGCCGGUUGGGCGAGCACGAAUUCGAAGCCCUGAUGAGGAUCGCAGGCGUUCGCGGUCCACCUCACGAGAGAGGGAGAGGAGGCGAAGAGAGCGAUCCCGGUCCCGGGAUAGGGACAGGAGGAGAAGCCGUUCUCGCUCUCCGCACAGGAGACGAUCCAGGUCACCGAGACGGCACCGAUCCAGCUCCUCUUCCCCGCCGCGGCUGAAGGAAAGGCGAGAUGAAGAGAAGAAGGAGAUAAAGGACUCCAAAGGCAAAGAGCGUCAGAUCACGGAGGAAGAUUUGCAGGGCAAGACAGAAGAAGAAAUUGAGAUGAUGAAAAUGAUGGGCUUUGCCUCUUUCGACACGACGAAAGGGAAGAAGGUGGACGGCGCCGCAAACGCCUACGCCAUCAAUGUGUCCCAGAAGAGGAAGUACAGGCAGUACAUGAACAGAAAAGGAGGAUUCAACAGACCCCUGGAUUUCAUCGCCUGA